CAGGAGGGGGGUCUGCAGGGGAUAAAUGGGUGGGUGUGUGCGGCUGUGAGGACUUGGUGAAGGAGAAAAUAGAUUAUUCCAUCUGUCUCAGAAUCUGCCCUGCUGCUGACCCGCACCCAGGAGAUGGUGGUCACAUGGUAACCAAACCUUUAAAAACUCCCAACAUGCUCACCCAGGACUCCAACUAUCUCCAGACACCAGCUGGUCUUGGUGCUCACACUGCUUUCUCUUCCCCCUCUGAGACACCAUCAUGUCAGACACCGAGGAAAUUGUGGAGGAAUACGAGGAAGAGGUGGAAGAAGAGGUCGAGGAGGAAGAGGAUGACAAUGAACAGAGGCAAGCGGAGCACGAAGAAGAGACCAAACCUCGACCUAAAGCGACUUAUGUGCCUAAUAUGGCUCCUCCAAAGAUCCCAGAUGGAGAAAGGGUGGAUUUUGAUGACCUGCAUCGCAAGAGGCUGGAGAAAGAUUACAAUGACCUUCAGACACUGAUUGAGCUGCAUUUCACCAGCCGUCAGAAAGAGGAGGAAGAACUGAUUGCGCUGCGUAACCGCAUUGAAUGUCGCCGCGCUGACAGGGCCGAACAACAGCGUGUUCGUGCAGAGCAGGAGCGUGAGCGCCAGACGCGGGUUGCCGAGGAAAAAGCAAGGCGUGAAGAGGAGGCAGCCAAACUGCGGGCUGAGGAGGAAGCCAAGAAGAAGAUGGCUUUCUCCAACAAGUCAUUCGGUGGCUACUUGCAGAAGGUGGACCAGAAGAAGGGCAAGAAGCUAACAGCUCGUGAGGAGAAGAAGAAGGCCCUGAUGGAGCGCAGGAAACCACUCAACAUCGACCACCUGAGCCAGGAGAAGUUGGUGGAGAAGGCACAGGAGCUCUGGCAGUGGCUCCACCAGCUGCACGCCGAGAAGUUUGAGCUGGCAGAAAAGCUCAAGAGGCAGAAGUAUGACAUCCACGUGCUACGAAAUCGCGUCAACGACCAUCAGAGGUGGUCGAAAACAUCCAAGACGUCCCGUGGGGCAAAGGGCAAGUCUGGCGCUUGGAAGUAAGCACCUUGUGGAAGCGCACCAUGUUCCUGCUGGACUAUUUGGUCACCAAAUUGUAUGAUAAAAGCUAUCCAAGCAGCUGUGCGUAGAUUGAGUUGGACUGCAAUGAAUCAAGCAAAAUAAAGUUAAGGUUGAAUGAUAUCUGUGAUUGUUCUAUUGAGAUUGAAGAAGUUAAUUUGUGUGAUUUAACUCAAUAUGAAUGCCUGGUGGUUUUAUUUUAUGACGCCACAAGAGGAUGUCUCAUGUUUCAUUUUUCACCAGUGAAGCUAUAAAAAGGCAUUAAAUAGUGUUGAAUCUUCCCCUCAGAAAACUAUACCUUUUAUUAUAAGAAAAAAAGUUUUUCUUGUCACAAUGCAAGAAAAAUGGGCAAAAGUGGCACUGGCUAGGUGGUGGAUAAUAGCUGUAAAGUCAAACAGGUGCUGCACAGCUGAGUUUUAUGUGGCUAAUUUAGUCUCUGGAGCUCUGGACUGACAGUGUUGUCCUGCAGCACUUAGCAAAAAGGCCACUAAAUGUUGACUGAUGGGUCUAGCAGUUUUAGGCUUGAUGCCUUAGAUCUUACAUAGUACAGUGUUUUAAUGUACAAGUAACAAAUUCUUCUUUAUGAUCAAGGGUGUAAAUCACAGUGUCAGUUAUUUAAAACAUGCUCCUGUAUCAGCUGAAAUCACAUAAUGAAGUAGUGUAAAAUAAGUGUAUUUGUACAAAUCCACAUGGAAUAAUGUAUACCGCCUUAAAUAUGAUUGGCUGUUAGAAUCAUUAAAAAAGACCAUUUUUCCUUUUCCUUUUUUAAAACACGUCUUUAUUUAACGAUUCAAGUCAAAAUGUCAGGUCAUAGAAAAAGAUAGCAUAGAGUUUUACUCAUAUAAUUCUCAUCAAAUAUGUGACUUUAUCAGGUUGUAUCAUUGAGACUGAUUACAGUUUUAAAGUAGACAAGCAAGAAAACUGAUGAUCCACUGGAGGCCAAAUUUGGGCAGCAGAGGGAGGAAAAUGUGACGACCUAAAAUAAAAAAGAAAAACAAAAGUUAGAGCAGCGGAAGCACAAACAGCUGACCUGACUAUAUGUUCAUCACACAGACAAGCACAAAGCAGGGAAAGGAACAAAACCAAAAUAUGAGACAUAAUGUGAGACAUAAGAAAGCCAACCUUCAAAAUACAACAGGAAGCAACCAGGAAAGAAAUAACCAACAAAAAAGACGAUACAGCGCACACAGACGCAUCAUAUCUAACUUUUCAAAUGUUCCAGUAGAAUAAGAGAAAAGAGCUUUCUUUUAGCUCAUUCCAUUAAAAGGCUCAAUGCUAAAACGUUCAGUGAUUUAACCUUGUAAGUUGUGUAUUUAAAGGUGCAGUUGGUCAUUUUUUUUGAGAAAAUAAAAAUCAUGUUUUUGUCUUCAGUUUUCUACAUUAUCCAACCAGAUUCUUAAGUAAAAUGUUUUAUUUAUUUUUUUUUUUUACCAUGAAGGGUUUCAUUGGAUUAAAGCAAGCUUCUUUUGACAAGAGACAGAAUUCAUUUAAG